AUGGCCAGAGCCUUGUUGGAGGCUUCCGGCAGCGCUGCGCUCCGCGACGGUCCCGCUUUCGCCGUCCCCGGAGGUCUAUUUCUCUUUUGCGCGGUGGCGGCAGCGCUCGCCGUCAUUUCUAUGAUCCUCUUUGCCUGCGGCAGUAAGGACAAGAAGAAAAAAUCUGACAAAGCCGGCAGCGCAACCUGCUGCAGCGGUGACGGGUGUGGUGGCGGCUGUGGUGGGUGUGGCGGCGGGUGUGGUGGCGGCUGCGGUGGUUGA